CGGCUCUCAGGCUAUCGCCAUGCUGUCGGUCCGUGUCCCGCUCGCCACCAUCGACCAGCAGCAGCUCCGGCUUUCUCCCAUGAAGGGGCUCACCCUGGCGGACAAAGAGAACACUGUGAGCGUGCAUGUGUAUAGGGAACCCCGAGGGGCACCAUGGCUAAAGCGCUCGGCUGCUAACUGGAAGGGCGGCGGUUCGAAUCCAGGAGCCGGAAGGUCGGCGGUUCGAAUCCAGCAGCCACUCCCAUGGAGAAAGACGUGGCAGCCUGCUUCCGUAAAGAUUACGGAAUCCCUUUGGGGCAGUUCUACUCUGACUUACAGGGUUGCUGUGAGUCGGCAUCGACUCCCCGGCAGUGGGUUUGGUUUGGGUAUAUGGAGCUGGGUGUGGAGCUGGGCGGCGGGCAGGGAGGAGACCUACACCAGGUUCACCGCGCCUCUUCCCUGCAGCCCCCGUCUCUCAGCAGUGCCCGCGUCCUGGCCAGCAAGGCUGCGAGGAAGAUCUUCCAGGAGCCGGAGAACACUAAGGUACCUGCCUCCAGCGUGGAAGAUGAACCACUGCUGAGAGAAAAUCCCCGCCGCUUUGUCGUCUUUCCUAUUGAAUACCAUGAUAUUUGGCAGAUGUACAAGAAAGCUGAGGCUUCCUUUUGGACAGCUGAGGAGGUGGAUCUUUCCAAGGACAUUCAGCACUGGGAAGCCCUGAAGCCUGAGGAGAGAUAUUUUAUAUCACACGUUCUGGCUUUCUUUGCAGCAAGUGAUGGCAUAGUGAAUGAAAACCUGGUGGAGCGAUUUAGCCAAGAAGUUCAGAUUACCGAAGCCCGCUGUUUCUAUGGCUUCCAAAUUGCCAUGGAAAACAUACAUUCUGAAAUGUAUAGUCUCCUUAUUGACACUUACAUUAAAGAUUCCAAGGAAAGGGAGUUUCUCUUCAACGCCAUUGAAACGAUGCCUUGUGUAAAAAAGAAGGCAGAUUGGGCCUUGCGUUGGAUUGGGGACAAAGAAGCUACCUAUGGAGAGCGUGUUGUAGCCUUUGCAGCAGUAGAAGGGAUCUUCUUUUCUGGUUCUUUUGCAUCGAUAUUCUGGCUCAAGAAACGAGGAUUAAUGCCUGGCCUCACGUUCUCCAAUGAACUUAUUAGCAGAGAUGAGGGUUUACACUGUGACUUUGCCUGCCUCAUGUUCAAACACCUGCUACACAAACCUUCGGAGCAAAGAGUCAAAGAAAUAAUUAUUAACGCUGUUAGGAUAGAACAGGAGUUCCUUACCGAGGCCUUGCCUGUGAAGCUUAUCGGAAUGAAUUGUACUUUAAUGAAGCAGUACAUUGAAUUCGUGGCGGACAGACUAAUGCUGGAACUGGGUUUUAACAAGGUGUUCAAAGUAGAGAAUCCAUUUGACUUUAUGGAGAACAUUUCACUGGAAGGGAAGACUAACUUCUUCGAGAAGAGAGUAGGCGAGUAUCAGAGAAUGGGAGUGAUGUCGAGCCCAACAGAGAAUUCUUUUACCUUGGAUGCCGACUUCUGAGCGAACAGAAGACGUGCUCUCAUUUUGCUGAUUUUUUUUUUCCCCCCUUCUCAUAAAAAAAAAAAAAAAAUCAGCUACUUUAAAUAUAUCAACCAGCCACGCCAACUAGGAGAAAUCUUUGUUAAUGACAUCUUAGAAACUGAUUAGCUACCUCAAAACCAAUCCUGUUUAUUAACCAGGCUAGUGAUAUCGCCUAGAAUGAGAAGAUCUUAAGACGGGGUACUUAGAUUUUUAUGAAAAAUCUUGUCAGUGUUAGGUUUUUGCAAGCAGGCUAGCCGUAGAUACCUUUUUUAUAGCAUACCAGCAGCAAUCUUGGCUUUAGAGUGGGGAGACCCUCAAGCUAGUUUGAUCCAGCAGGAUUUAAAUUGUUCAGUCAGUUGGAAGAUGUCAGCCUCACUGCUUCAAAGCAGAUUUGAAAGUUUUACUUACUAGUAUGUAUAUAAAACUGGCACUUUACACACAAACACACAUUGUACUGUCAAGGUAAAAGUCUGAUUUUUGCCUAACGUUGUUAGUUUCUACACCGAAUACAUACUUCAUGGGAGCUAAUUGAAAAUUCACUAGGUGACUAAACGAAGUUAAACCUGUGUGGACUAGGCAUGUUAUUUCUAACUUUUGUUUUCUUUAAUGGAUUAGAGUAUUUUAAAAUUAAUUUCAUAGUCAAUCCUGUGCUUGCCUCAGCUUUAACUGGUUGAUACCACAUAGAAGAAGCUAAGUAGUGCUUUUUAUCCUGUAGCCCAAACAGACAUGCUGAGCUAGAGUGUCCUGAAAUAAGAGAUCAAAGAAGAUUAGUUUGUUAAUGGCUAAUCUCUCAGAGAAAGAAGCUCUUAACUUAAAUCAUUAGGAAUUGAGGCAUAAUCUGGGCUGAAUAGUGAGCUGUGUCUGGUAUCUAUUGAGCGGCAAUAGUAUUUUGUUUCUCAAAUUGUAUUUCCUGCAACUUCUAGUCGAUCAGAGGACAUGGUCUUCAAGCAGUCUUCUGGGUGGGAUCUAAGAUAUUAUUGCAAGAUGAUUUUCAAAUCAGGCUUGAACAAAAUGACCCAUCCAAGAUCUUGUUCCUGUUAAGUCGUAAAGCCAAGGAUUAGAAGAAGCUAAGUAGUGCUUUUUAUCCUGUAGCCCAAACAGACAUGCUGAGGUAGAGCGUCCUGAAAUAAAAGAUCAGGAUUUUUGUAUUAAUUUACUGCAUUUAUAUUUACUACAUGUCUUUGAAAUUAGAAAAUGUUUUUUCUAUGAGGCCUUUUAGAUGAUACCUGUGGUUCAUACUUGCAAUAUAUCUUGAAGUUCAUAAUGGAUUAGACAUUGCUCAGUGCAAUCACUUCUAACGUUUAUCUCAAUCUGAGUGCCAAUCUGUUAGUUUCCUAAACUUCUAACCAGGAAACUGGUGUUCCGUGCAAAUAUUUUUUUAUUUUAGGAGGAAGUAUAAACAUAUACUUAAUAGGGCUUAUAGUAAAUCAUCCGCCUUUGUGUUCCCCCAAAAUAAAAAAAGUCAAGGAAAUAAUUCAUGAGCUACAUUGAUGAGCAUGUUUGCUAACCUACUGUGUUGAUUUUUGGCUAUUUGACCACUGCCUUGUAUAAUUUUCGUUAACAUUUAUUGUGUAAAUACUCAGGCUUUUUUUUUUUUUUUUUUUCCUGUAAUAUGGGAUCCUCUUAAAUUAUUGUUAACCUAAAGUUAAUAAGUCCUCACACUUGUGUAACCCUAAGAUGGAAAAAUGCUCGCCCUUGCGUUGUCAGGCACAGAGGAAGUUUAAAAUCCCACUGGGAGUCCACCUAAAAUGUAAUUCGAGAAUUGACUUCUGCCAACUCAGAUUCCGUUUCCUAAUCUGUUUAAGGGAAACAAGUUUUGGUGUAAAACAUUUCAAAGUCUUAAAAUUGAAUAUGGCACAAGUGUUACAUGGUUAAAAUAAAACUUUUUAUAUCAGUU